CACCUUCACAUCUCUGUUUCAGAUCCGUUUCCCCCAGAGACCCCACAGAAUGCCAGAAUAGGGAACCAGACGGUUCACCCUGACGGCACGGUGAGUGUUCUGGUCCUGUGGGAGGCCCCCGGGGAGAGCGACUUGGUGGUCCACCAUUACAAGGUGACCUGGAUCACUCGAGGAGCACCACCAACCAGCCAGAGCCGGGCUGGACGGGUCACAGAUGGGGAUGUAACGCAGAUGGAUCUUCAGGGUCUACAGCCCAACACACACUACACUGCACAGAUUCAGGCCGUCUCUUACUGGGGUCAGAAUCGGCUCAAGAGCAGCCGAGCUCACCUCUCCUUCAUCACCGCUUCAGCCACCACGUCCUCCUAUGGGAAUGUCCACCUUUCCGGAGAGUUCUCCAAUGAGAUUCCCGUAUCCCAUUCCUCUCCCAGUAUCCUGAGGCUGGAAGCGGCCGCCCCUCAUUAUCACGACAGCCAGCUGCAGGUCAAGGUCUUCUGGAAGAGCCGAAUCCCAGAAAGCCAGGAGGAUUCCAGUUCAUAUAUUCUGAGAUGGUUUCCUGAAGUUUGUGCACAUAACGUGACGAAAGGCGAGAAAGCAGCCACAGUUCAGGGAACACAUUUUGUGAUUACUGGCCUGCUGUUUGCCUGUAAGUACCGCGUGGCAGUGAAGCCCGUUACGGGACAGGAGCAGAGGUCAGAGGUCAUGACCUCUGUUAGCACCCCACUCUGCUCAUCGCUGAUGGGCCGACGGAAAAAACCUACUGCCUGCGCCAGAGAGGAGCGCCCUCCUCAGGGUAAGAAAGGCCUGCAGCGGCCGGAGAAGCUGUCAGCGUGGCUUCAGCCGGCGAACGGCUCGGUGCAGGCUGUGUUUAGCUGGCAGGUGUCUCCAGAGAGCACGGGACAGACCCCCAUCACUGGAUUCCAGCUCUCCUGGCUCAAAGUGUCCCGCAGCAGCACCAACAGCUCGCUCGUCUCCCAAACACACCUCCUGCCCCCCGAUCAGCGCUCUCUGACUGUCGAGGCGCUGCAGCCCCAGAGCGAGUACAGAGUGCAGCUGCAGGUCCUGUCUGGAGCAGGGCACGGACCCUCGGUGUCUAAGACCCUCCACACUCCUCACGGGAACCGCACACGCCUCUGAGCUGGAGGAAAGAAGCGAGGAAUCAAGCUACUCGUAUAUGAGGAAGUGCUUGUGUUGCUCCUCAUUUGGACAGGUGUGUCUGUUAAAGGACUAAAUGUAAAGCACUCUUCAUCAUCAGAGAGACGUGUCUGCCGUCAUGGAGUCGGAGGAAUGGGACGAGAGCACUCGCACCAGACCAGCUCGUAAUACAGGAAUGAUGAAUAAACAACUUGUGCUUUUGUGAUGUAAAAAUGAGUAGCACUGAUGUAUUUAGUAUGGAGUUGCAUAUAGUUAU